AUGGCCACCACAAAGAUCAAGAUCGAGGACAACAGCCUGAAAACCGGGACCGGCCGCGCUGACAAUGAGCAGCCGACUUGUCAAACCCCCAUAGAGCCGACCAGCGACAUUGCCGGCGGCGUGUACUAUGGACGCGACCUAACCCGCAUCGCCACCGGCCGCCGCAGUCUCUCGCGCGCCCGUACCCACAAUUUCGACGCCGAUGGUGACGAGGGCGGCGGCUGGCGUCGAGACGGCGACAAGAAGCAGGUAUUCAGGGGCAAGACUCUGCUCUGGCUCACAUAUCAGUCCAUUGGUGUCAUCUACGGGGACAUUGGAACCAGCCCCCUCUAUGUGUACUCGUCGACGUUCUCGGCGACGCCGACGAGGGAUGAGAUCAUCCAAGUGCUGUCGCUCAUCAUCUGGUCUUUGACUCUCAUAGUCACCGCUAAAUAUGUCUUCAUCAUCCUUCGCGCUGACAACGAAGGCGAGGGGGGCACCUUCAGCUGCUACUCUCUCCUGACGCGAUAUGCAAACAUCACCGGCAGAGAUCCUCGCGAAGAAGUCACGAACAGCAAAUUCACCCGCGCUUUCUUGAAAACGAUUGGCGUCCUGGCCGUCUCCAUGGUAAUGGCCGACGGCGUCCUCACCCCGGCUCAGUCGGUGCUGGGCGCCAUCCAGGGUUUAUCGGUUGUCAAACCCGACAUCGGCACACCAACCAUUAUCGGUACCACCUGUGGCAUCCUUAUCCUCCUCUUUCUCAUCCAGCCCCUAGGGACGACUAGGAUUGCCUGGUUUUUUGCACCCAUUGUUAUAGUUUGGCUCGGCCUCAACGGCUGCUUCGGCAUUUACAAUCUCGUCAAGCACGACUGCACUGUCCUCAAGGCCUUUAGCCCCUCGUUUGCCAUCCAGUUCUUCGUCGAGCACGGGACUGAGGGGUGGAAGAUGCUAGGCGGCGUCCUGCUCGCCUUCACCGGCGUCGAAGCGCUCUUUGCUGAUCUCGGCGCCUUCAGCAUGCGCGCUGUGCAGUUGAGCUGGCUUUUCUGGACAUUUCCGUGCCUACUGCUCGCAUACAGCGGACAAGCUGCCUACCUUUCUCUCGCGCCAGACAAGUACACGAACCCCUUCUUCAAUACUGUCCCUCCCGGAAUGUUCUACCCUAGCUUAGUUUUUGCCAUCUUGGCUGCUAUUGUUGCUUCGCAGGCUAUAAUCACGGCCACGUUCCAGCUGAUCAGCCAAAUCAUGAAGCUCUCGUAUUGCCCGCAGGUGAAAGUCGUCCACACCUCCACCACGUUCCAUGGCCAGCUAUACGUCCCUUUCCUCAACUGGAUACUCAUGCUCGGAACCAUUAUCGUUACCGCCGUCUACAACAACACCACAAGCCUGGGCCAUGCUUACGGCGUUUGCGUCAUUUUCGUCACCUUCUUCGAUACCCUCAUGGUCACGCUCGUUGCAGUCCUCGUCUGGCGUCUUCCAAUAUGGCUAGUGUUCAUGCCGGCCCUAACCUUUGCUACCCUCGACGGGUUAUAUCUCUCGUCGGCCCUGAACAAAGUACCUGAUGGCGCGUGGUUUACGCUUCUUCUAUCCGCCAUCUUGGCUGGCUUGUUUCUGCUGUGGAGAUUCGGCAAGGAGAACCAGUGGCGCGCUGAAGCCGAGGAUCGUUUCCCACCCAGGAAUCUCGUCACGAAGAAUGCGGACGGGUCAUUGGCGCUGACUCCUCGUUGGGGUGGCAUCCAAAUAUCUACCGUCGGUGGUUUCGGCAUCUUCUUCGACAAGACUGGAGUCCUUACUCCGAGCGUCUUCACCCACUUCAUCUCCAAACUUGGCGCUGUGCCGAAUAUCUCCGUCUUCUUUCACCUCCACCCAGUCGAGACUCCAUCUGUCGCCGACGAGGAACGCUACCACGUCUCACGAUUCACUCCCAUCCCCGGCUGUUACCGCCUCGUCAUCCGCCAUGGCUACAUGGACGAGAUCAUCAGCCCAGACUUGGGUAUUUUGAUUUACAAACAGAUACGCAAGUUCAUCAUGAAUCAAGACGCUGCCAACCCCGUCGCCGACAAGUCCGUCACCGAAAACGAGCAAGGCAUCAGUGUGACGUCGACACCCAAUGGAAGUCCGGAAAACCUUCCCGAGCUCAUGGAUGAGCGGCUCGCGGCGGAGUUGGCGAGGCUUGAUCGCGCAUAUACUCAAAAGGUACUGUAUAUUGUGGGCAAGGGGCAAAUGCGAGUCCGGCCGGGGACGAGCAUCGUGAGAAGAAUUCUGUUGGUCACCUUUCUUUGGAUAAGAGACAACACCCGGGGGAAGGUUGCGAACCUGAGGUUGACAAUGGAGAGGAUUGUUGAAGUGGGGUUUGUAAAAGAGAUAUAA